AUGCUGGAAGAAAUGAUCUUAGGCCAUCAAAAUUGCCUUAUGUCCAUGGUGGAGGAGCAGCACAAAAAUUGCUUCUCCAAUUUAGAACAGGAGCUUACUCCUUCGCUCCAGUCCAUAGCCUUGGAACUUAAUGCACUAAGGGCAACCGUCCAAAACCCAUCGAGUAACGUGGACCUGAUUGAUGAACUACGGUCGAUUCACGACGCUGUUGCAGCAAAACCAGUCACCCCUUUGCUUGAACCAGGAACGUGUUUGGCCGAGGAAUUGAAUCAACAAAUAAGUCAAAAAAUUGUCUCAGGUUGGCGCCUUCUGGGUACCAGAAAAGUAUGGAAAGCCGAUUGGACGGAGUACGACAAUCGACAGUUGCGCCUUAAGAAGCAGCAAUUAAAAGCCGAUAAAGCAAAAAAAAGACGGCAACGAAAGGCGCGUAAUAUUAACAACAAUAAUAUGAACCCCCACAUCAAUAGCCGUUCUACCCACAACAUGAAUUAUCCACUACCGCCUGAUCGAGAGCUUCUUGCGGCGGCCAAAAACCUUUUUUCGCGCCCGCCAGCCAGCCCCAGUAAACGCAGAAGCAAACGAGGUAUCCAAUUUAUAAGGGGUGAAACUUUAAACCCUCCAAAGGACAACGUUCGAGGAACACCAAGCCCCGUGCCGUCACCGCGCCGUAGUAGACGUCCGAUAAUUACUGCACCCACCGUCCCACCAAAUUUGCCAACGAAUUCUUCGCCUGAAGUAUCACCGCGCCGUAAAAGACGUCCGAGAAUUACUGUACCUGCCGUCCCACCAAAUUUGCCAACGAAUCAUAACGGAAACAUGACGCCUUCAGUGCCACCUGUCUCCCCACAAGCGACGUUUGCCUAUCCGUUUCCCAACCCGUACGUCACACCGUUUGCUGCCCCAUGCUGCCAUCGCGCUCCAACAGCUCCCACGGCGUUUGAUUACCCGUUCAAGAUGGUGGUGGUGGCUGUGUUGGGUGGCGGCGGUUGCUGGUGGUGGCGGUUGGAGGCGGCGGUCGGAGGCGGCGGUCGGAGGCGGCGGUACAUGGCAGAAAUGAGAUAA